AUGCCUCCAUCUGACUUUGCAACAGCAAACAUCGACGAUAUCGUCGCGCAGCUUACAACGGAAGAAGCCAUUCAACUUAUUGCAGGCGUUGGCUUUUGGCAUACGUAUGCAGUCCCGCGCUUGGGUAUUCCCUCGAUUAAGGUCAGCGAUGGUCCGAAUGGCAUCCGGGGGAAUCAUUUUUUCAUGGGCACUCCCGCGAAAUGCCUUCCAUCAGCCACGGCUCUUGGCGCUACCUGGGAUGUCAGACUCAUCGAGCAAGUAGGCUUGAAAUUGCUCGCUAGAGAAGCAAAGCUCAGAGCGGCAUCCAUUGCUUUAGCACCUACAUGUAAUAUACAACGGAACCCGCUAGGAGGCCGCAGCUUCGAAAGCUUCUCAGAAGAUCCGUACCUCUCUGGCAUGAUUGCUGCAGCUUAUGUCAAAGGUAUCCAGAGUGGUGGGAUUGGUGUUGCUAUAAAGCACUUUGUUGCAAACGACAAGGAAAAUGAUCGCAUGGGAUAUGACAGCGUUCUAAGCGAGCGAGCUUUACGAGAAAUUUACUUGAUGCCUUUCAUGCUAGUUCAGAAGCUCUCGAAGCCUUGGUCCGUGAUGACAGCCUACAAUCGCGUGAACGGCACACAUGCGUCAGAAAAUAUCCACUUGUUACGAGAUGUGCUUCGAAAGGAGUGGGGCUUCGAAGGCCUGACCAUGAGCGACUGGUUCGGUAUGUACAGCGUUGAUCACGGCAUCAAUGCCGGACUUGAUCUUGAGAUGCCUGGGACCAAUAAAUGGCGUACACUCGAGCUGGUGAGCAGGUCCAUCGCAGCUAGGAAGGUUACUGUCAGGACCAUCAAAGAACGAGCCAGAAAAGUUCUUGAGCUUGUACAAAGGUGUGCGAAGGAGGCUCCCGAGGUUCUCGACGGUGAUGGUCAAGAAUACACUCGCGAGAGUGAAGACGACAAAAUCCUUAUGCGGAAAGUAGCAGCUGAAUCUAUCGUUCUCUUGAGGAACGAAAACCGAGUCCUUCCCUUGAAGCCGGCUGGCUUGAAAAAGAUCGCCAUUGUCGGAGCAAAUGCGAAGGCCUUCGUACUGUCUGGUGGAGGCUCUGCAGCUUUGAAGCCCUCUUAUUUUGUUUCGCCUUACGAUGGCAUUGUCAAUGCGCUUCCGAAAAGCAUCGAGGUCACGUACAGCGAGGGUGCUAGAGCCUUCAAGACUAUGCCGUCUCUCGACUUUGACCUUUUCACAGAGGGCGGUGAAAGGGGAUGGAUUGGCACUUGGCACAAGCACGAGCAUGAUGAAAGUAUGACUCCUAUGGACGAGCCGUUUGUGACUCGUCUGAUCGACGAAACAAGGAUUUUUGUCAGUCUCUCGGCACCACAAGGAAUUACUCGAAGAUGGACCUUAAGACUUCGUGGCCAGCUACUUCCUCGACCUUACGACACUGAUUUUGAGUUCGGCUUGUCUGUGGCAGGUCGUGCCAAGCUAUUUGUUGAUGGGCAACUUGUUAUUGAUAACUGGACGCGUCAACGCCGUGGCGAUGCCUUCUUUGGAUCAGGUUCUGCCGAAGAGAAGGGUAUUGUGCAUCUAAAAGCGAACGAAGGUCAUUCUGUAUAUGUUGAGUUCUGCAACGUCCGUGGGCCGGCCGAUGGAGACGAGGAUGAAACGGUCAUGGAUGCAAACCCUGGGGUACGGUUGGGAGGCGCUGAGGUCCGAGACCCAGACACACAGAUGGAGGAGGCUGUGCGACUGGCCUCAGAAGCAGACGUCGUCAUUGCUGUGGUUGGACUCAACGCGGACUGGGAGACCGAAGGGUAUGACAGGACAACGUUGUCUUUGCCAGGACGGACGGAUGAGCUUAUCCAGAAAGUGUCCCAGGCAAAUACCAAAACAAUAGUUGUUACUGAGUCUGGAUCAUCAAUAACCAUGCCCUGGGCGCAAUCGGUCGCUGCCAUUGUCCAUUCAUGGUACCUUGGCAAUGCGACUGGUGACGCCAUUGCUGAUAUCUUAUUCGGAACGGUCAAUCCUUCUGGAAAGCUCUCACUCACGUUCCCUAAACGCGAGGCAGACCUACCCUCAUUUGGGCACUUUAAUUCUGAAGAUGGCAAGGUCCAUUAUGCUGAGGAUCUCUUCGUUGGUUAUAAACAUUACGUGCAUCGCAGCAUUACGCCCGAGUUCGCCUUCGGGCAUGGACUUUCGUACACCACAUUUGCGUGUUCUGAUCUGCAUUUGUCCCACGUCACCGCUCUGAAAGACGAUAUCAACGCAGUUGCAUCCGUGACUGUUACGAACACUGGUACUGUUGCAGGCUCCGAAGUCGUGCAACUCUACACAACCUUGCUGACGGCCUCAGGUCUCACGCAUCCCCCUCUGGUGCUCAAGGCUUUUGCAAAAGUGACCUUGGAGCCUCACCAGAGCAAAGUGGUGGUGCUUCCUUUGGACAAGUAUGCGGUGUCGUAUUGGAACGAAAGGCUUGAAAGGUGGAUAGUUGAGAAGGGCGAGUACAAGGUUCAAGUAGGCACCAGCAGUGAAAACUUGCCGCUGGCGGGGAGGUUGAUCAUCGAGAAGACGAUAGAGUGGAACGGUCUGUGA